AUGUCGAUAGAAACGGAACCCGAAACAACAGAUCUUCUUACUGUGAUUGUAAGUACGAUUCUUAUUCCUUCAUGGGCUGUAUUGCUUGCCUCUGGUUUUGCAUCAUGUUUCAUUAAUGUAUUCAUGAAUUGUUUCCUUUAUCAAGGUUCUAUGGGAAAAAUAAUACGGUAUAUGAGAGCAUUAUGCUCUACAAAAGAUGAUGAGCAUGGUGAAUAUGGGUAUCUACCGAUAGAAGUUGAUCCUUCUUUGGGAAAUUGGGUACUAAACAAUUUAGCCCACAACUUUACUUUCUUCCAACCAGAAGAGAAUAUGACACCAUCUUCAUCUAUUAAUCAACCAGAAGUUGUGGCAAAUGAGGCCUUACAGAAUUCAUUACAAUAUGUAAGACUUGAAGCACAACGUAUGGUUUUUGUUUAUAAUCCCAAGUAUAUGAUCAUAGCCACAGCAAAAAGCUUAAUAAUGUUAAUGAUAAUUCAGUAUCAUUUUGAUUUUAAGGGUGGUUGGGAUAGGCUAGUUGUUUGUUGUGCAGCCAAUCUGAUGAGUGGGUUACUUACGCCUGUAUUGGAGUAUGGUGCUCGCCUUUUACUCCCACUUGACCUUGAUUGUGGUAGAAAGGAUUUGGUUGUGGAACCCGAAGAGCCGAAAGACUCCGUGCUUAUUGUUGAAGUACUUGUUCAGAUUGGUAGACUGGAGCUUGAGGACCUUGAAACUGUAUUGAUCCAGUGUAGCACGUUCAUUGUUUUUGGAGCUGUUCUUUUGCCUGCAGCGGUAGUGUUUUGUGUGGCUGGUUUUAGUGCUUUUAUUUGGGUCUUUUCACCUAUAUGGCUGGUGUAUGCGUUGGUACGUUAUUUCUACUAUCGCUCUGCUAGCGUUGGAGUACAGGCAUCCAGUGGUAGAGGAGGUGAUGUGUUGUUUACACCUGCAGGUGAAUUUGUGAAGGCGGCACUGUUGAAGGUGAUGACUUUGUUUUUACUUCAAUGGACGAUUCAAUGUAGUUUCCUCUUUGGUUUGGUAUUACUGCAGGGUGGAAAAUAUGUGGAGGCAUUGCGCACAGAAGCGCAUUAUCAAAUAUUGGGUUGGUAUAAUCCAAUGGAGAUGAACCAAUUCCAGUUUCUUUGCUUUGUAAGCCAAGUUUUUUUCUAA